CUUCGACGCCUAUUUCGCUGCCGAAGGCGUCAGCUGAGUCACAGGCUGUUACAGUCUUAGUCCUGCCACACCUACUGUUUAAUGCAUCCGUUUAGUUUUGCGCAUUGUGUAAAAAAAUAUUUUCUGGCAAUCCUGGUUAUCUGUAAUGGCGUACUCCAUGACUACUACUGUAGCAGUCACAGCUGGAGUGCUAGUGUUCUCAACUGUUGCACUACUAGGAUACUUGUACCUUGGCAAAAAAAAGAAACCACUCAUCACCUUGCUUGAUCCUUCUGAAAAAUAUAAACUGAGACUUAUUGACAAAGAGUUUAUUAGCCACGACACACGCAGGUUCCGUUUUGCCCUACCAAGCCCACUGCAUAUAAUAGGCCUGCCUGUAGGAAAACACGUGUACCUUUCUGCCCGGAUUAAUGGAGGCCUGAUUGUGCGUCCUUACACCCCUGUCUCCAGUGAUGAUGACAAGGGAUUUGUUGAUCUGGUUGUUAAGAUCUACUUCAGGAAUGUCAACCCUAAGUUUCCUGAAGGAGGAAAGAUGUCUCAAUACCUAGAGAGCUUGAAGCUUGGGGAUAUGAUUGAUGUUAGAGGACCAGGAGGCUUACUUGAGUAUAAAGGGAAUGGGCAGUUUUCUAUACAGGCUGAUAAGAAAUCCCUACCUGAAAUAAAGAAGCCCAGCUCACUGGGUCUCAUUGCUGGUGGAACAGGUGUUACUCCUAUGCUGCAGCUAAUCCGUGGCAUUAUGAAGAACCCUACUGAUUCAACUAAGUGCAGCAUGCUGUUUGCAAACCAAACUGAGAAGGAUAUUCUCCUAAGGGAUGAGCUUGAAGAGAUCCAAGCUAGACAUCCAGAUAAAUUUAAGCUGUGGUUCACAGUGGACCAGGCUUCUGCAGACUGGGAGUACAGUAAAGGCUUCGUUGAUGCUGACAUGAUCAAGGAGCAUCUUCCAGCCCCUAGUGAUGACUGUUUGAUCCUCAUGUGUGGACCACCUCCCAUGAUCCAGUUUGCCUGCAACCCCAAUCUGGAUAAGUUGGGCUAUACUCAGAAUCAACGCUUUACCUAUUAACCAGUAGCCUCAGGGCUCAGUCAAAAGUUGCUAUAAAUAUGAAUAAACUCACAAAGGAAACCCACCACUAUAACAUUAGAAUCCAAUUGUAUCAUAUCUUAAAUGUUUUGCAAGCUUCAGCCCUGAUUUCAUCUAUUCCAAAUGAGCCAUUUGGUCCUUAUGAAUGAAUGUAUAGUAUAGUAGCUGCUUUAAACUGCGACUCUGAUAUGAUUGGUGCCUUUAUAAAUAUUGCAUGACCAUUUGGGGAAACAAAACACCAAAUAUAGCUCCAAACAAUACAAAAUAUAAUAAUCACAAACUUAAUGCUGAUAUGCAUUAAAUGUUUUGUUUGUUUAAUAAUUACUUUUGUUAUGUUAGACUCAUUGUUACUGUAGUCUCUCUGAAUUUAUUUCAUAAUAAUAUAUACAAAUAAAACAGAGGGACACUGGCAUUUAUUUUUACUAUUGCAAAUUGUAAUAUGAACAAAAACCAUUAAUAAAAUAUUUAAAAAAAUUA